AUGGCGGCUCGAUUUGCACAGGGUGUUGGCCGAUUCAUUCCCAUGGUCGGGUAUCACCAUGUGUUGAUGAUUAUUAUUGCAGUUGCAAUUAUCUUACUAUCACUAUUGUUGGCUGGAUGCUCCUCAUCAUCCCCACAGAUCCCCAACAUCUUCCUCAUUUCCAUGUACUACGAGAAGUACAACCCGAUUCUUGACCUUGCCCAAGUCGACCCGGGCGUGGUAACAGCCAUGGCCAACAUUGUACGGAGCGCCGAGAUGGAAGUUCGGGUCGGAUACUUCGGUAUCUGUGUGCAGCCCGAUGGUGGCUCAUUCAUCUGCAACGCCAACGCCACUGCUCUCGCCGAGAUUGUCAAUGUUGACGCAGAUCCGCUCAACUUGAUCUGGGUUGCCUCGACGUUCAAGGAUGCAGUGGUGUUCCCAUACCUUCUUAUUGUCGCUGUCAUCCUCGCCUUCUUCUGUUUUAUCCUCCUCGCCACCUUCCCUGGCUGGCACGAAGAGCCUGACGAGUCUGGGUCCGCUGUCGAAGUUAAGCCCUUCCCUUCGCGGCCCGUCUCUCAGGCCGCUCUUGCCCUAAUUUUCGUGUCUUCCGUCUUUGUGCUUGUCUCUGUGUUAUGGCAGCACACAGCGUCUGUGGCAGCAAGCACGAUUGCCCAAGAUAUGGGCAACAGCGUCGUAAGAAGCGGUGUUGGUACCUCAGCCAUGGUACUGGGUUGGUUCGCAUUCGUCCUUCUGGUGGUCGUUACCAUUGGCCUUCUCAUCAUGAUCCUCAGCAUUAGCAUGCUCAGGAAAUUGACUGACGACGACUAG